AUAGUUGACUUCACUGUACAAGGAUUUUUGGGAACUUCUUAGCUGAGAUUAUAUCUUUUCUAAUAAAGAGAGCAUAUGCAAAACAACACAAUGCGUGUAUGUUAGACAUAUAUCUAUAUAUAUAUAGAUAUAUAUACAUGCAAAUAGCAAUGCAGCUUCUGAUAUGUCUCAAAUCAAAUUAAAAUGUUAGCGAGCAUUACAGAUUUAUAUUCAUUCUCUUGAUGCAUGGGUAUUUAUUUAUUUUUUUAAAAACAACAAUGGCAUGUGAACAGCUGGACGGUGGGCUCCGGACAGGUAUGUCUCUGCGGCUACUCCCAUGGUUGCUGCUGCUCUUCUGUCUGGAUCCGUUCAGACAUGCACUCCCUGGGGUGGUUCAUGCAGACUCGAUGACUUUACCCAGUGCUGCAAAGACUUUAGUCUGGGGACCUGGACUCGAAGCCCACGUCGUGCUUCCAGCCCGGUUCUUCUUCGUGCAGGCUGUGCACAGCUCGGGGAGAAAUUUAACAACAUCACCUGGUGAGAAGACCUUCGAAAUCAAGAUUGUGUCUCCAGUGGAGGAGUUCACCAGAAUCUGGAUCCAGGUCCUGGAUCGUCACGAUGGCUCCUUCCUGGUUCGCUACAGAAUGUACGCCACCUACACGGACCUUCACAUCCACAUUCUGCUCAAGAACAAGCAUGUGGCCAAGUCCCCAUUCAUUCUCAAAGGCCCAGUCUACCACGAGGGCUGUGACUGUCCCCAGCCCAGUGGCUCUCAAUGGGAGGCCCACAUGCACUGUCCUGAGUCCUUCCCGCAGAUAGACAGGGACCUGGCCGUCUACUCUAGUGUGGACCCAGAUCUUAUUGCGCAGGAGAUCCCACAGCGCUUCGGACAGAGACAGAGCCUCUGCCACUACACUGUCAAAGACAACAGGGUCUACGUUAAAACUUUUGGAGAGCAUGUGGGUUUCAGAAUCUUUAUGGAUGCCAUCCUCUUGUCCCUCACCAGAAAGGUGCGGCUCCCUGAUCUGGAGUUCUUUGUUAACCUGGGCGACUGGCCGUUGGAGAAGAGGAAACCCACUGGGAGGAUGCAUCCUAUCUUUUCCUGGUGCGGCUCUAACAACACCAGGGAUAUCGUCAUGCCAACCUAUGACCUGACUGAGUCUGUCCUUGAGACCAUGGGAAGAGUGAGCCUGGACAUGAUGUCGGUGCAGGCCAACACGGGGCCACCGUGGCCGGAGAAGAACGCCACGGCUUUCUGGAGGGGCCGGGACAGUCGACAGGAGCGUCUGGAGCUGGUCAAGCUUUCCAGGGCUCAGCCCAACAUGAUCGAUGCUGCCUUUACCAACUUCUUCUUCUUCAAACAUGACGAGAGCCUCUAUGGGCCGCUGGUCAAACAUGUGUCUUUCUUUGACUUUUUCAAGUAUAAGUACCAAAUAAACAUUGACGGCACUGUUGCAGCGUACAGACUGCCUUACCUCCUGGCCGGAGACAGUGUGGUGUUAAAGCAGGAUUCUGGUUACUACGAGCAUUUCUACAACGAGCUUCGGCCGUGGGAGCACUACAUCCCAGUCAGGGCCGACCUCGGAGACCUGCUGGAAAAGAUCCAGUGGGCUCGUGACCACGAUGAAGAGGCAAAGAAAAUUGCACUGGCGGGUCAGCAGUUUGCUCGCAACCAUCUUAUGGGAAACGGCAUAUUUUGUUACUACGUCAAACUUUUCCAGGAGUAUGCAAAGCUCCAGGUCACAGAGCCCAAGAUUCGAGAGGACAUGGAGCUUGUAGAGCAGCCCGGUGAUGACCUGUUCCCAUGUUCCUGCCACCGGAGGAGGGAAAAGGAUGAACUUUGAUUGACCUUUCACCCAGUUACAGAGCAAUCCUUCAUAUCUGAUAUACUGCCAAAUCAUGUUUCAGAGUGUUAAUUAAUUGUAUGACUAUGAUACGAA